UAGUGUUAAACGCAACUACUCCAAUUUUCCAAAGACAACCAAAACGAACGCCAAUGUGGCCAUGACCCGUUCCACCUCCCUCGUCCACUUCCUCCGCCACGUCUCCUUCCCUCCGGACCCGCACCUCCUCCCCACCGCGCUCAAGUCAUGCCCCGCGCUGCCGCUCGCCCGCGCCCUCCACGCCGCCAGCGUGACCGCAGGCCUCGCGCGGGACCCCUUCGUCGCCUCCUCGCUCCUCCACACCUACCUCCGCUUCGGCGCCACCGACGACGCCCGCGCCAUGUUCGACAGAAUGCCGCGAGAGCAGAGGACAGUCGUCGGCUGGAGCGCACUCGUGGCGGCGCACGCUGCCCGCGGGGACGCCGAGGGCGCGUGGCGUAUUCUCAUGCAGAUGCGGGGCGCCGGCGUAGAGCCCAACGUGAUCACCUGGAACGGGCUCGUUUCCGGGCUGAACCGGAGUGGGCACGCCCGGGACGCGGUCGUGGCGCUCGCGAGGAUGCACGGGGAAGGGUUCUCGCCGGACUCCACGGGCGUCUCGUGCGCGCUCUCCGCGGUCGGGGAUGUCAGGGAGGUCUCGGUCGGCGAGCAGCUGCACGGGUAUGCCGUGAAGGCCGGGUGCAGGUUGGACGCCUGUGUGGUCACCGCGCUUAUUGACAUGUACGGAAAGUGUGGGCGGGAUGACGAGAUUGUUCAGGUGUUCGACGAGUCCAGCCACAUAGAUGUUGCUUCUUGCAACGCCCUCCUCGCUGGGCUCUCUCGGAACACUCAAGUUUCUGAGGCACUAAGGUUGUUCAGGGAGUUUGCUGACCGAGGAAUCGAGUUGAAUGUGGUGUCCUGGACCUCGAUUGUUGCUUGUUGCGUUCAGAAUGGGAGGGAUUUGGAAGCAGUGGAGCUUUUCAGGGAGAUGCAGGCACAAGGGAUCGAACCAAACUCUGUCACGAUACCUUGCGUGCUGCCGGCGUUUGCUAAUGUUGCAGCUUUGAUGCAUGGGCGCUCAGCACACUGUUUUUCUUUGAGGAAGGGCAUUUUUCACGACAUUUAUGUGGGCAGUGCUUUGGUGGACAUGUAUGCAAAGUGUGGCAGGGUCAGGGAUGCGAGGACAAUCUUUGAUGCUAUGCCAUCACGGAAUGUGGUGUCAUGGAAUGCGAUGAUUGGUGGCUAUGCUAUGCAUGGGGAGGCUGCAAACGCUGUGCAGUUAUUUUGCUCCAUGCAAAAGUGCAAACAGAAGCCUGACAUAGUCACCUUCACCUGUGUGCUUGCUGCUUGCAGCCAAGCUGGCCUGACAGAGGAGGGGCGCCGCUACUUCAAUGAAAUGCAGCUAGUACAUGGCAUUUCCCAGAGGAUGGAGCAUUAUGCAUGUAUGGUUACUCUCCUAGGACGGGCUGGUAAGCUUGAUGAGGCGUAUGAUCUCAUAAGUGAGAUGCCAUUUGAGCCAGAUGGCUGUAUUUGGGGUUCAUUGUUGGGUUCCUGCCGGGUUCAUGGCAAUGUGGAUCUGGCCGAGGUUGCGGCAGAAAAACUCUUUUGUCUAGAACCAGAAAAUGCUGGUAAUUAUGUCCUGAUCUCCAACAUUUAUGCAUCUAAGAAAAUGUGGCAUGGUGUCAAUAGGGUGAGAGAAAUGAUGAAGAAUGUGGGUUUGAAGAAGGAAAAGGGCUGUAGCUGGAUAGAGAUCAAGAACAAGGUGCACAUGUUGUUGGCUGGUGAUGAUUCACACCCUAUGAUGACAGCGAUAACUGAGAAACUAAAGCAUCUUACCAUUGAGAUGAAAAGGCUGGGCUUUGCGCCAAGCACUGAUUUUGUCUUACAUGACGUGGAGGAACAAGAAAAGGAUCACAUCCUUGCUGUGCAUAGUGAGAAGCUAGCUGUUGCACUGGGACUGAUAAGCACGAGCCCAGGAACACCCCUUCGGGUGAUAAAAAACCUCCGUAUUUGCGGUGACUGCCAUGAGGCAAUGAAAUUUAUAUCUUAUUUUGAAGAGAGGGAGAUAUCUGUUAGGGAUACCAACAGGUUCCAUCACUUCAGGGAUGGAAAAUGUUCUUGUGGGGAUUACUGGUGAUCUCUCUUGUGAUUUCCUGCAAUACAAUUUGCGGAACAACUUGGUGAAGGGAGCAGAGCACACUUUGUCUCUCUACCUAAAGUAGAUAUUUUCACGAGAUGGAAUUUCACUAAAACACCUUUCAUGGUUGUAACUGCAGUUUGCUUUAUUUGAAUUAUUAAACCCAUGGAAUUGGCUGCAGCAGCCUUUGGAGGAUAUGGUGAAUUGAAAAGAAUGGACCCAGGCCCACAUGGCUCGUUGACUGCAUCGACGGGAGGAAUUCUCAAUGUCAAGCCAGGUUCAACAGAAGUCAAGGCCCGGGCUGAGCCCACGGUCACGCCCAGUUAAGUUGGUAUGCCCAUGAACGGACGCCUCUCGACAUGGUAUUCGUUUGUGGAUGGCUCGGCCCCACAACACAAAGGUAGAAAGUUUUGAUUUCUCGAUUUUAUCUUGGUUGACAAAGUACAGAAAAUGGAAGGGACGAGAUCGUGGUGCA